AAAGAAUAGAAAUGGAUGCAAGAGGAAGAUGAAUAAAGAAGAAUAAUGAGAACAGAGCUGUAACGUCGUGUGGAUAAAGGAAAGCAUGAUGACGAACCUGGCUCGGAUUCAUGACAAACAGAAACUGAAGUUCUUCUGGGAGCAGAGAAUCAACAGGCACAGCCAGCAAAUGGUCGAGGAAGAAAGCCGCAGGAAGAGCAGUGCGCUAACAAGGCUGAGGGGGCAGUGGUUAGUCAAGUUGGAUCAGAGGAACAAGCACCAACAGGGAUUCUUUGAGGAGAGAACCAGGCGAUCUCAGAAGGCACAGCAGCGGUCCAUAGAGAUUGAUAUUCCUUCCCCAUGAUGUUGCGAAAUUUAGAUGCAACAAAUGUGCCCCAAGCCAGCCUUGAAAUGGAGAAGGCUUUGAUUAGAAAAAAAAGGAAGCAUAAUUACCUGUGUAAUUCAUUGAAAACAUCCAGGUCA